GACUGAACACAGAUCUCCUGAGAGAGACACACUCGCCGUGUGAUUUAGUGAGCAUCGUUCACAACAACACAAAGGAAGCGGGGGGAUUGAAGUGUUGGGAAAACGCAUAUGAUACUCAAACUUUUUUUUCGAGAUCUCUUAGUAUAUUUGCAGACUACUAUAACGGAAAAUUACGUUUCGGUUGUGAAUGACUCGUUUCUUAGCGAUUCGGUUGAGUAAAUUGAAGAUUCGACUUAUACGCAAAAGACAAGCACUGAUCGCCAUCUACUGGAGUAACGAUGCAAUUUACAUUAAUCCGUGAACGAAUCUUCUUGCGAUUCAAAAGAUUCGAGUCACUGGGAUGAAUCACAUUUCCCACUGUUGACCUACAGUGUUUCCACGUUGCGAAACAGCAGAACGCGUUUGGAUUCAAACGCGAUCGACUCUACUAAAUUACGCCAAACCGAACAAUCUGAUGAUCCAUUGAAUUCGUGGCAUCGCCAGAGGGAGGUCCGAUUGCCGAUUAAAACACCGACCGGGACAGAGUGCUGGUUAUGAAAAAAUGGUGGUGAAAGUGAAGAUCGGAGAUGAGAAACACAAUCUCAGUGAGCUGCUGGACUGGCUCAAUGACUUACUGCAAGUCACUUUCAGCCAAGUGGAGCACACCUGCUCAGGUGCCGCCUUCUGUCAGUUGAUGGAGAUCAUUCACCCUGGAUCUGUUGAAAUAAAUAAAGUGAAGUUCACAGCCAAUGAGAAUGCAGACAUCUUGGAUAAUUACAAUCUGCUACAGGACUCUUUCAACAAGGCACAAAUCAAUAAAGAUCUAGAGCUGAAAUUGUUGGUGAAUGGAGACACCCUGAAAAUAUUAGAUUUGCUUUCAUGGUUUAAAGAUCUUUAUGAUCACAAAGUUGCACAGCAGAAUUAUGACACUCAGGAGGGCUUUGUUGAACGGGAAGUGGUGUCAUUGAGAUCAAGAAGAGAAUUUGAAAUCUCUAAGAAGGAAGGACAAUCUUCAAGACUCUACAGUCCUGAACAGACUAACUAUCUAAACCAGAAAAUGCUAAAUUUUAAGAAGGGAUCACAUGAGUCUUUCUUUCAAAAUACGGCCACAAUGUCUUUCAUCAGAAAGUAUGGCUCAUCUACUUCACCUGAUACUGGGUCAAACUUUGCCAGUAGCAAGGAUAGUCUAGUAUUAGGCCAGAAACAUCAGGAAGACAUUACAGCCACCUUCAUUCAGACUCCAUACUGCCUUUAUUUAUUCCAUGGAGUGGAGCUUGAGGACAAGAACAAGGCCAUUGUGCUACUGUUGGGCUUUUUUGACAAGGCUACUGGGGAAAACAAAUUCAGACUGCUUGAUGUUCUUCAUCCAGAGGAAGAGACUGCUGAUGCCAUCUGUACCUGCGUUGUGGAGAUGCUGAAGAAGUUUAGAAUACCUCUAAUGAACAUGGCAAUAUUUUAUUCAAAUUUCCCAGAUCAUGAAGAUCUUCUCUCAGGUCUGAAGUUGCUGAAACCUGAGAUCGUUUCUUUAUGUGGACUUACAGAUAUGGCAGGACGAGUGUGUCACAGCGGUGUUGAGAAAAUGGAGAUUUCUGGCCAGAUUGUGCAUCUCAUCACAGAGAUCUACAAGCAGUUUUCAUCUUUUCCAGAUUCUCUACAAACUUUGCUUGAAGAUGUUGCUUGUUCAAACGUCUGUAAUAUCCUGACGUCCCAAUGCUCUCUUUUCUGGAGAAUCAUCCAGAAAAUGACUUUAGCUUGGUCAGACCUUGAGAAAUACUUUGGAUCUCUGGAUGCAGAUGAAAAAGUGAUCUGUCGUCGUCUUAGUGAUCCCAAAAUAAGACUCAACGUCCUGUUUCUUAGCCAUGCUUUGCAACCGCUUUGUGAUUUUCAGGAGAAUAUUGACCGAGGUGUCAGCGUGACACAGCUCCUCCAAGAUGCUUCUCAAUUAGUGAGAUUCUACACAGAUAGUUUCCUCAGACAAAAAGCAGCAGAGUUUUUUCUCAGAAGAGGAAAGACCUCACUUAUACAGGAAACAGUGGGACAUUUACCUAGAGGAGAGGUUGAAGUUGGCAAACAGGCUGCUGACUUUCUCCUGCAACGCUCUGAAGAGUUAACGGACUACUUGGACACAUUCCACAGUUCCAUCAUCUCCUUCUACACGACUGUGACUGUUAAUAUUGUUGAAAGUUUACCCUUCCCAGAUGCCACCAUGAGAGACUUGUCAUUAGUGUUGUGUCCAGGGAAAAAGCUUGAAGUGACGGGCAAAACAGUCCAAGAUUUAGGUGUCUGUUUUGGGGUUUGCUCAAGCCCGGAGAAUGUCAGCUUACUCACAGAUGAGUUUUUGGAGUAUCAGUUCCUUGAUGGAGGUGACGCACACCCAGCUGACCAGUCAAUGGAGGAGUACUGGAAGACUGAGCUGAGGAUUAUGGGAAGGACAUCUAGUUUUGGGAAAUUAAUCGUUAGCUUGUUGGCAUUGCCCAGAACAUUGAAAAAAGAGAUCAUUUUUGAACAGAUGUUUCAACAAACUGACUAUCUCAAGGAGAUAAAAAUGAACUUUGAGGAGAAGGAUAUAGCAGAGGAUGAUGUUACAGACAGCAGCUCUUAUAAGAGUGCUCCAUCACAUCUCAGCCCAGAGACUCAAGGGAGCAUCGCAUCUGAUAUCAUUGACUUAACGGAAAUGGAUGAUAUGGUGCCAAUAGUCGUGGAGGACAUUGCACCAAUGGAAGUGGAUGAUAUUGUGGCAAUCUCUUCUGAUUCCGACUCCGAAAGCCAAAAUACCACAUGGGAUCAUCCAUUUGUGUCUGUAAUCUUGGAUGAUGAUGAUGAUGAGGAUGAUGAAAUCACUGAUGAUGAUGACGAUUACAACUGUGAUGCUGAUGAUGUCACAUGGAAUUAUGCGGAUGGUUACACAGUGGGUGAAAUGGUUUGGGGACCAAUUGAGGGUUUUGGUUUUUGGCCUGGACUGGUUCAAAGCUGGACCAGCAAGAAGCCUUGUGGUUCCAUGCGUAAAGUGAUUUUCUUUGUGAACAAGAUGCAAUCAGAGGUCCAAGCAGAUGACCUCCUGCCCUUCUUUUCAUUUUCCAAGUGCUUCUGUUCUAAUUCCUUCGCUACAGUAAUGGUGUAUAAAGAUGCAAUUUUCAGUUCUCUGCAGGUGGCUUCCAGACGCAGUAGAAUGUUUUUUUCUCCAGAGACGGACUCUAAGGAUGAACUGCUUAGAGUCAUGUUGGACUGGGCUUUCGGAGGCUUUGAACCAUUGGGUCCAGAUGGACUUCAACCUCGAUCAGAAUCCAAUAACAAGAUUCAUAUGCCUCGAUCUGUGAAUAGGAACAUGGGAGACCACAAAGACCCUACAGCAAAGUUAUUUAAAUUAAAUGUGUCUCUCAGCAAACUCCCUGAAUCCCUGGACCUGGAAAAUGGCUCGAUAGACCUUGGGACAACAGAAGUUUAUGGGAAACGCAUGUAUUCAAAAUGGAAUCAGAGAUCCUGGCAGACUGUGAAGACCCGUAGAAAACAAAAAUACAUACAGCGGAAUAAGCAACAAAAUAUUAACCCAAACGUACAUAUUGAAUCCAGACAGAACAGCCAAAAAAGACAUCAAAUGGUGCACGAUUAUCUGGAAAACAAGAGAAACAUUGAAGAGUUCUGCUUAUCAUGUGGGAGUACACCUGUCGAAAUCAUCCACCCACUCUUUGAAGGAAGGCUGUGUUCAAACUGCAAGUAUAAUUUCACGGAGACACUGUACAGAUACGAUGAAGAUGGCUAUCAGUCGUACUGCACCGUUUGCUGUUCAGGCAUGGAGGUCAUUCUGUGUGGCCAUUACAGCUGUUGUCGAUCCUACUGUGUGGACUGUCUGGAUAUCCUAGUGGGUGAAGGGACAUUUAACCAGCUGAAGAAUGUGGACCCAUGGACCUGUUACCUGUGUGCACCUGAGAGCAGCUCUGGAGCGUUGAAACCCAGGCAUGACUGGAGCAUCCGAGUGCAGGAAUUCUUUGCCAACAACAGCGCCAUGGAGUUUGAGCCCCACCGUGUUUACCCAUCAAUCCCUGCUAACCAGCGACGUCCAAUCAGAGUCCUUUCCUUAUUUGACGGGAUAGCCACAGGAUACCUUGUUCUGAGGGAUCUUGGCUUCAAAGUGGAAAAAUAUGUGGCCUCAGAAAUUGAUGAAGAAUCCAUCACCAUUUCUAUGGUUAACCAUGAAGGAAAAAUCACUCCUGUUGAUGAUGUUAAGAACAUUACAAAAAAGCAUAUAGACAAAUGGGGCCCGUUUGAUCUUCUCAUUGGAGGAAGUCCUUGUAAUGACUUGUCCAUAGUCAAUCCUGCUCGGAAAGGCUUGUAUGAAGGCACAGGGCGGCUCUUUUUUGAAUUUUAUCGGCUUCUGAAUGUUAUGAAACCGAAGGAAGAUGACCCACAACCGUUCUUCUGGCUGUUUGAGAACGUGGUGUUCAUGCAAACCCAGGUUAAAGCUGACAUUUGCCGCUUUCUGGAAUGUAACCCUGUGCUUGUUGAUGCUGUGAAAGUGAGUCCAGCUAACAGAGCAAGAUACUUCUGGGGGAACAUACCUGGCAUGAACAGACCAAUCAGAGCAUCUCAGAAUGAUAAACUCACUCUUCAGGAAUGUCUGGAGCCUGGCCGCACUGCAAAGUAUGAAAAAGUUCGCACUAUCACCACACGGACAAACUCACUGAAGCAGGGCACUAAUGAUGCCCAUUUCCCCAUCACCAUGAAUGGAAAAGAUGACAAUAUAUGGAUCACAGAAAUGGAGAAAAUAUUUGGAUUUCCGAAGCAUUACACAGAUGUGAAAAAUAUGGGGCGUAUGCAGAGGCAAAGAGUGCUUGGAAAGUCCUGGAGCGUCCCUGUCAUAAGACAUCUUCUAGCACCUCUGAAGGAUUACUUUGCUUGUGAUGAGGUCCCCUUGAAAUGAACUGACAUUGAUGAUUUUAAUCUUUUUCUGUCCGUGAAGGGACCCAAGGACAUGAGAAUUUGUUGCUUUUAAUUGUUUUACCUUUUUUUUUUUUUUUACUAAAAUGGUAUGACUAACUGAAGAAUAGUUUAAAAAAAUGGAUGCUGGGAAACUGAGGAUUGAUUCCAUUUUAUUGAAUGUUGCUCCAAAUCAUGUCACUUUUUUAAAAUGUUAUUUUCUUAGUUUGCAAUCAUGUUUAGCUACAAAUGGAGUAACGGAUUUGAUGUGGCUUUGAGCAAAAUGAAUAAACAUGAUGAGCAAAAUGUA